AUGGGGAAAGAAAGAGUGGCUGGGAGACAGAAAGAGGAGAGUAGUCCAAGAGAAAGUGGAAGACGAAGGAAGACUGAGGAAAUGAAGAGCUAUAGAGAAAGGGGAAACGGAGGAGGAAGAAGAAAAGAAGGGGGGAACGCCUUAAAUAGGGGAGGAAAGCAGCAAGGGGGAGGCUCGGGAAGCAAAAUGACGCUAAGGAAAGUGGCGUCAGCAAACGCAGCAGUAGUCAAAAUGACAGCAAGCGUAGCAGCCGAAGAGAUAGAGGAGGGGUUGGCAUGCACCAGUAAGGCGACGUGGAGCUUGGGCUUUGCAGAAUUGCUUGGGCUGCGAAACACGACAUCAACAAAUGGCUUUCAAAGAAGGAUGGGGCAGGUUUGGUCAUCAGAAAUGAAGAAGGAGAGGUGCAAGUCUCACUGUGUAUGCCAAAGAAGCAGGAAAUCAUCUAUGAACACCACCACAAAUAUAUCUAAGAAUGGUCUGAACACCCUAUUCAUGAUAUCCAUGAAUGCUUCUGGGGUAUUAGCUAACCCAAAUGGCAUCACCGUAAACUCAAAAUGGUCAUACCUCAUUCGAAACAAAGUUUUUGCUUUGAAAUGGUCAUCCUAUAAGGUGCCUUAUGUACUCGAGUCCCAGAUUCCAGUUCGAUGGAAAAUUGAACUUCUCAAUGAGGUGGUGAUCUUGGUUUUGGCUCCACUUGCCAAAUCCUUCUUGGCUUAUAAUGAGCUUGAAGGUUGCUGUUCAGCUAUGGCGGUGGUGCUUGCUUUUUUAUGCAUCUUUGUGCUCUCUAAUGCCCGUGGUGGUGGUGUUGCUGCUACUCGGCUCCAGACGCAUCUGUCGGCAAAUCUUCUGGCAAAUGGACUCGGUAAAACCCCUCCUAUGGGAUGGAACAGUUGGAACCACUUCAACUGUCACAUUGAGGAGGAGUUGAUUAUGGAAACAGCGGAUGCAAUGGUGUCUACUGGACUCGCCGCAAUAGGAUACGAGUACAUAAAUCUAGAUGAUUGUUGGGCUCAACUUCAUAGAGACUCUCAGGGAAAUUUGCUUCCGAAUGCCUCAACAUUUCCAUCCGGAAUUAAGGCGUUAGCCGAUUAUGUCCACGACAAAGGGUUGAAGCUUGGGAUAUACUCUGAUGCCGGAACUCGAACUUGUAAAGGAACCAUGCCUGGAUCCCUUGGUCAUGAAGAACAAGAUGCAAAGACUUUUGCUUCUUGGGGUAUUGACUAUUUGAAGUAUGAUAAUUGUAACAAUCAUGGCAUAAGUCCAAAGAAAAGGUACCCAAAAAUGAGCCAAGCUUUAUUGAAUUCAGGAAGAGCUAUCUUCUUUUCCAUUUGCGAAUGGGGACAAGAAGACCCAGCCACUUGGACUGCAGGUAUUGGAAAUAGUUGGAGAACAACAAGUGACAUCAAAGAUAAUUGGAAAAGCAUGACAACACGAGCGGACGAAAAUGACAAAUGGGCAUCUUAUGCUGGACCGGGAGGAUGGAACGAUCCGGACAUGCUUGAAGUUGGAAAUGGAGCCAUGAAAACAGAGGAGUAUCGUGCACAUUUCAGCAUUUGGGCACUAGCCAAGGCUCCUUUGUUGAUUGGGUGUGACAUACGAGCAAUGAACAACGUGACAUUUGAAUUACUCAGCAACAAGGAAGUUAUUGCAGUUAAUCAAGACAAAUUGGGAGUUCAAGGGAAAAAAGUUAAGAAGGAUGGGGAUCUUGAGGUUUGGGCUGGUCCUCUCAGUGAUGGCAAGAUAGCCGUGGUGUUGUGGAAUAGAGGCCCAACAGAAGCUACAGUUACUGCUUAUUGGUCUGACAUUGGCCUUGAAUCAGCAACUGUGGUUAGUGCACAUGAUUUAUGGGAGCAUUCAACACAAGCUUCAGUGAAGGGGCAACUAUCUACUAAUCUUAAGUCUCAUGCUUGUCGAAUGUACGUUCUAACCCCCCAAUAAUGCUAUGAUUGUCUAAGAGAACAUAAGUCUUCAA